CUGGAUAGAGAUGCACGCAGAGGAAAAGAACGGCAUGGAGAGAGAGUUAGAGAGAGAGAGUGAGAGAGAGAGUGAGAGAGAGAGAGCUUUUAAGGGAUUUGGCAGUGAUUUGUAGAAUCUCACCGCUGUUAUAUUGCAUUUUUCCUUGUCUUUGCCAUGAAACUGCAGCCUGAAGCCUCAAAAGUCGGUGUUAUCAUUUUGUCUUCAUGAUUUUAAAACUACUUAAUUUUUAGUGCAUUGUUCUCUCUGUGCUCUGGUUAUUUUGGAGAGUGCACAUGCAGCGGCUGUCUGAGAUGACAGAGGAUUUACUUUUGGUGAAGAGGGGAGAGCCUGGCCUCUAAAAAUAUAGUCACGUUUAACAUCAUGGAUGGGGGCCUGUUUGGAAGAGUUCGUGUGAUGGAUGAAAUGAAGAGUGGUCAAUGAAGAAUGGGCAGGUAAGAAGUGUCUUCAUGUGGAGAAAUGUCUCUGAUUGCCUGAAUUAUACAUUUCAAAAAGGUUAUUGUUUGUGCAACAGCUGUUUGGUUCAUGAAGCUUUUGUACAUAUAUUUAUACAAACACCAUCCUUUUAAUUGUUUAGACAGUCUUUACAGGUAGUUUUAAUAACUCCAACUUCGCAAGCACACUCAGAAAUUACAGAUGGAUAAAUAAAGCUUUGAGUGUACGAGUUGCAAUGAGACAAUUACGGAAAAAAAUGUCAUUUUUUCUUUAUAAUAUGCAGGUUUGAUUUUAGAAGGACAUUAUACUGGAAAACAUGAUAAAUGUCAAAAAAAAGUUAACUUCAUGCUAUCUUCAGAUGACCAAUAUCUACAUUAAAACUUAAAAUACGUAACAGCUGAAUUUUUUCUAUUUCUGGUACCUUUUUAAAUGAGAUAAAAUUAACCUGCUCUAACUUUUGGAGCAUGAAAUUCAGUAAAGCUUUGGUAGAUGUUUUCUGUUUUGCAACAUUUAUGGUGUUUUCCAUCAUGGGCUCUCAGCUCUCCAUGAUAAAAGCUUACAAUUUUCACUCUUCUGCACACUCUGUUAUUCAGCCAUGCUGGCAAAAUCUUCGCUUCAUCACAGCCCUCCAAUCGUGUUUGCAUUGAUAGAUUUUUAUUUUUGUCUCUCAUGAUGUAGCUUCAACAUUUGUGUCACAAAAAGACACUGGAGCUUCUUGUCAUAUUUUCAAUCAUGAGUUUUGUUAAAAAAAUUAGGUCUUCAAAUAUCUUCUGUUACCAAAACAUCACUGCAAAAACCAAAUGCAAUUUAGUGAUCAAAACCAUUUUUUUCUUUGUAUUGAACUUUACAGUAUGAAAUGAAUAUCUAAUUAUAUAACUGUGAUAUUUCUCCUCUGAUCAAAGCAACAAAAGUGGUCAUAAGAGGGAGACUGAAACGUCCAAACCAGUUAGAAAGAAGUGGCCUUUUAAUGAGUCUUUUGACUAAAAGGACUUCCAAAUUUAGUGUCAUUAUGAUGAGAUGGUGAUCAGACCCUAAAGACCCUCUCUAACUGUCUCCAGGUGUCAAAGGUAGAGGGAGUGGCCUGGUGCUGUAAGUACCUCUGUUGGUCAUCAUGACAUCAGGGGCUCACUCAUCCCAUCAGUGCUGUCGGCUCAGAUCACCUUCAGGACACCAAACAUGGAUCCAGCUGAUGUGGGUGCUGCUCGUGGGUUUUGGCUCAGACUCAUCGGCCCAGCAGGGUACCCAGCCCCAGUCCAUCAAAAUCGAGGGCGACAUCACCCUGGGUGGGCUGUUCCCUGUGCACUCUCGAGGGCCUGCAGGAGUGCCCUGUGGAGAGGUUAAGAAAGAAAAGGGGAUCCAUCGACUGGAGGCCAUGCUGUACGCCUUGGACCAGAUUAACAGUGACCCAGACCUGCUUCCCAACAUUACUCUGGGAGCCCGGAUUCUGGACACCUGCUCCAGAGACACCUACGCCUUGGAGCAGUCACUCACUUUUGUGCAGGCCCUCAUUCAGAAGGACACAUCAGAUGUGCGCUGCUCAAAUGGAGAGCCUCCUAUCAUCCCCAAACCAGAAAGGGUGGUUGGAGUGAUCGGGGCAUCUGGCAGUUCAGUAUCCAUCAUGGUGGCCAAUGUGCUCAGAUUAUUCGCAGUGAGUUUCCUUUCCUUUCUGUUUUCAUAGACUGCAAUGAAUUACAGUUAAGUAAUUCCUUUGUUUGGUAGAGUCAGUACAGGUGAAAGCCAAAAUCCACGUUUCCCAUUUUUAAUCACAUGCAAGAGAGGACAUGAGGACACAAGUUCAAAGUAGGUAGAUCCAGAGUCUGCUGAUUGAGAUCUCCCUGUUGGCCCAAGAUGAAUAUGUAAAUCAAAGGAUAAGAAAUAGUUAACACUUGACAACAAAUAAGAAAACACUUUUUCUCUGUGAAUUAUCUCCUGAUCCAUUUGUACAUAUUUAUUCUUCGAGUGAGGACCUUUGGGCCGUGUCCUGGUACUCCAGUGAUUACAAUUUGGCCAUACCAUGACAUUAACCCUACCAAUUCAAGAUAAGAUAAGACAAGAUAAGACAAGAACUGUAUUGAUCCCCAAAGGAAAAUUAAUCAGCUAUGUUACAUUACACCAAAAAAGGAUUUUAUACUUUAUAUCUUGAAAUAGAUAUACAUGGAUAGUUUAAUCAAAUACCUGCUUUAUAAUUAUUAAUCCUUACUAAAUUAAGGGCUUCAUGUCAGGGGUACAAGAAUUGGUAGAUGACUUUCUCUCUUGGGGUUGGCUGAAACUGUGCCAUGAAAACUGGUAUUUAGACUCAAAAUUGUGGAUUUUUUUUACAGUACUGACCUUUUAAAAUAAGUCACUGCUAGGAGCUAAAAUGGAGUUUGCUUUCAUUUUAAAUCAAAUUAUAGAUUAUAUUCAGUUACAGUUAACCUAUAGAUUUUACAGGCCUACUUUAUAUAUGUGAUGAUAUCCAGUCGGAAGAAUACAUCAUCAUGUUUCCAUGGUACAGAAAAAUUAAUCUCAAGAAGCAGGAUUGUUUCUUGACAGAGCUUCUGUGUUGAUAUUUGGUUCAUGUCCCCGGGUUAAAGGUCCAUCGUUAGGGUUAGCCUCCGCACACUAAUCCCUUGUAUGUGUUUAGUGUUUUUUUUUUUGACAGAUGACUGACCUCUGAUAAUUGAUUACACUGCUUAUAGUGAUGAAGGGACACUGAGUCUGUGUAAAUCCCACAUUAUGUCAUGUUCUCAUCGACUUACUGACAAAGUCCAUCAGAAUCUAGAAACAUUAAAAAGCAACAACGUGGCUCAAAUUGACCAAAUUAAUUUAAAACAUUGAACAAAAUGCCGCUGGUCUAAGGCUACUGAUGGAGCUUCCUUCACAGUGAUGAUGUCAAGUUAAGACCUAAGGAAGCACAGCUUUCAUACAGGCAGAUGUUAACUACAGAAUUAUAGAUUCCAACCUCCACUAAGCCCCUCUCAGCAGCUCAGGACCCCGGGCUGAAAAUAGAGCAUCAGGCCAUCGGGAUGACAUUGGUUCUGGGAUAACAGCAACUUGUAGCAUGGACUGCACGGCGUAGAUUUAACUAAAUGGUAUGUUUCCUCCUGCUGUCCAUAUGGGCUGCUUUCCGGACCGGGGAUGCUUCUAGACUCGGGUCAACUUUACAAUGAACAUCUGCUCUCAACCAGAGCUUGAGGUGCUUCAGCAUCCUCCAUGAACACUCUCGUCAUGUUGGCUAUGUUCUGCGAUGUACUGAAACUGAAUCUGUGGGUCAUUAAAAGUUUGGAUGAUAUCAGUUUUACAUUUUUAGAAGACUUCUAAACAACAAAAGAUUAAAUAGAAAACUAAGUUAAGCAAAAAGAGGAGUCAACACCCACUACCUUUUUUAUAAAGUGACAGUAUUUCACUGUCAUUGAUGAGAAAUCAACCAAUUUAGGACCAAGUAUGAUUUAAAUACCCUCAAUUUGAGGAUUAUCUGAUAUGCUUUGUUUUACAUAAUUUUUAUUUCACGUCCUUAAAUUUUAAACAACUGCUCUGACAAAAUUAGCUAUUUCAAAAUAUCACUAAGAAGUUGGCAAAGCACAUUUCCAUAAAUUCUUGCUAUAACUCGACUGAGAGGAAUUUUAGCGUUAACACAAUUAAUGACAUUAAUUGCUUGAAAAUAAUACACCACAAAUAAAGUGUGUUGCCUGCUUCUUUGCCAUCUUUGAGUCUUUUACAAAGUGGUACCAGUUUCAGUUGUUUAUGUCUUUUUCAUUCAAUAUGGAUUUUUACUAAAUAGAGCUUGUAGCAUACAACAUAUUCUUGGUGGCUGGAACACCCCCACAGUUUUCAUGACAUCGAAAUACUUGUACUCUCUCAUUUUUAACCUUUGGUUCAGUUUAAUCAGGCCAUUAGGUUAGGGCUAAACCACUAUCAUGUUUCCUUGGCCUGGAUCCCAGAAUAUCCACUAUCUGUCUAUUUACCGACAGUGAGAAGAGUUCAGCAAUGCUGGACUGUAAGUAGAUACUUGUCACUGAUACAGCUCAUUGAUUUCACACAGUGAAUUGGUGCAGAUGCUUCUACAGGAUUAAUUUGGAGAGGAUUAUGUGCAACCUUGUUCGUUAUAAUUUUUUAUGCAAACAACUAGUACCACCUUGCAGACACUGACACAAAGUCUUCUGGACAAAAUGCAUCGUUUCAGUCAGCAGGUCAGUCAGAAACAUUAAUGGAAGCAGUUGUAUUUUGAGAAUUGGUGGGGGUUAAAAGAUCACUUGUGGUUAAAGAUGUGGUUCAUAAUGUAAAGGCUGACGAGUGACAUCAACCUCACUGGGGUUGACAAACAUGGGUAAAUUGAAGCUGCACGUGGCCAUUGGAAUUAAAUAUAUUGUAUGGCUUACGGCUGAGAAAUGCUAGCCUUUUUCCAGUCUCUUGAUCUCUGUCUCUCCCUCUGUGCUUAACGUAAUUUGACUAAAACCCCUAUAAUCCUUCCAGAUAAUCUGUGAAAUGGUUCUCUCGCCCCUCUUUCCUUCUCUACCCCUUGUGUCUACCUUUCUCUCCUCGUCCCCUUGGGAGGGCCUGGUGUUAAGCCACGGUGGGGGCAUUAGCAGGGUCAGGGUUGAAACUAUCGACAUAAACUGUGUCAUUAAAGAACCAGCACACCAGUAAAUUAAUCUUCUCAUCCAUUUUCCCCACAAACAAAUGCUCUUACGGCUGUGGUUUCUACCAUCUGUAUUUCACUAUGACGUUAUGGCCUCCACGCAGAGCAGCUCGGAGAAAACUGCUCAGUGAAAGUUGCCCCAUUUCUAGAAACUGAUGGAGAAACAGGCCCUCCAAAACUAUAUAUGUCUCUGAUUUUAGUGCACUUAAACUUGUCAGCCUUAAUGUGAUGGCCUCUUUUUGACACUGUUAAGUUUUUGUGAGUAAGUGGUGAAUCAACCUCUAACAUGGGUCACUGCCUCCUCCAGUCAUUCUUUUACCUUUUCUGUCUUAUAUUAGCCUAAUAGUCAGAGAUGCUUAGUUUUUCCACUUGACCGGACCCUUCAUCACCACUGAUGCAUCCACGUGUCUUAGAUCCCCCAGAUCAGCUACGCCUCCACUGCCCCAGAGCUGAGUGACAACAGCCGCUAUGAGUUCUUCUCUCGUGUGGUACCUCCAGACUCCUACCAGGCCCAGGCUAUGGUGGACAUAGUCAAAGCCAUGGGCUGGAACUACGUCUCCACCCUGGCCUCCGAGGGCAACUAUGGAGAGAGUGGUGUGGACGCCUUCCUCCAGAUAUCCAGAGAAGCAGGUUGUGUAUCAGUCCUUAUAAACAUGAACUCACUGCCAUGACAAUGGACGAUUACUCAUCGGGCCGUGUUGUUUUUACUCAUAUCAAAACUGAAAAAAAAGAAGAAAUCCUUUAAUACACAAGAGCUAGAAGGCCAAAUGGGAAUUCACCACCUGAUGUAGUUUUAAAAGCUCAAAUAGUAUGACUAGAUUACACGUUGCCAAAAAUACACACAUAGUACAUCUACAGUCACUAAUGCUGGACAGUUUACUGUAAAAGCACAAAGUUGCUUUGUUUGCCGCUCUAUUCAUGCACUUGGUACACCACUCGAGUAAAGAGUGUUUUACUAUCUCACUGUCACUGGAUUGGUGGAACUUUUUUCUGGCAUUGAUGGAUUAUCCUAAUGACUUGGAUGACUGAUGAGAAAUGUGCUUUAGUGUCAGUACACGUCUAAGACUGUUUCGGCUCUUUAUCUGUGAACGAGGAGUUUAGGUAGAUUACGCUUGGAGUUCAGUGACUGUGCAACGCUAGCUUACCUGUAACAAUGAAUAUAUUGUCCAGCUUUGUUGUUUAUCAUGUUAAGCACCUCAGUUUUGUUAACAAAUUAGAAUGCCAUGGUUUGGUAAGAUCUUAACUGGUUAGCCAAAGUUUUGGAGAUAUCUGAGUUUUGAUGCCAUGCUUUGUGUUUAAAAUCAUUAUCAUUCAUGGAGAGGGGUUGCAUAUAAGUCUGGGCAAUACCGACACAUCCUAAAUAAUCUUUUAGCAACUUACAUAUGUUUGGAUGUUUCAGCUAUUAUAACAAUUUAAUUUAGAUCUAUGCUGCAGCAGAGAAAACUGGGAUGUUGAUACUUCAACAGUAAGCUCUUACAGUAUAAAUAUUUCUUAUGUCUGUGACACAGGGGGGUUGUGUAUAGCACAGUCCAUAAAGAUUCCUAGAGAGCCCAGACCAGGGGAGUUUGAAAAGAUCAUCAAGAGACUGAUGGAGACCUCCAACGCCCGCGGAGUCAUUAUCUUUGCUAACGAGGACGAUAUCAAGUGAGUUGCUCCUCAUCUUUUCGAAAAAGAAACCAGCUGACUGAUAAAAUCUGCACAAUAAUACGGUUUUAUAUUAAUUUAUCUGGACCCACUUUUAAUGACGACAGUCUGAAGUAGAUGAGUAUAGUGUUGAUAACUGAUGAAAUGCAAUUUGUCCUUCAUCAGACGGGUGUUGCAGGCGGCCAAAAAGGCAAAUCUGACCGGUCACUUCCUGUUUGUUGGCUCGGAUAGCUGGGGGGCCAAGAGCUCCCCCAUUCAAGAUCAGGAGGAGGUGGCUGAAGGAGCCGUUACCAUCCUACCUAAAAGAGCCUCCAUUGACGGUAGAGUGAAUCCAUUCAAUCAAAUUUUACCUGUAACUUCAAACAACAGCCCUGAGGAAUAUCCAUGAUUACCUGACCACAUGGAUAGAUGAGUCUAAUAUCAAUGCAGCAAAUUAAAAAGAUGACUUAUGAGGACAGAUGUUACUGAAAUUACAAAGUGGAGUUGCUAUAUUUCAUUGUGGAAAAGUGUAACUCUUCUAAUUUUAUGUGGUACGUGGUAACAAACCAUGAAUGAACCAUGUAAUGAAGCUGAAUUUGUGAAACUGUUUAGGGUUCGACCAGUACUUCGCUUCACGAUCCUUAGAAAACAACAGAAGGAAUAUUUGGUUUGCUGAAUUCUGGGAAGAUGACUUCAAGUGCAAAUUAACACGUCCUGGUAUCAAGUACGAACUUGGUAGAAGAAAAUGUACAGGUGAGUGUGCUGCAGGUAAAAUAAAGUUUCAGUUUCAGUUAGUUCUGUUAAAGGGUGUUUUUUUUCCUUUUCUUUGUGGUGAAAUUUAAUGUUUGUUAUGUUGCAGGUGAAGAAAGAAUAAGUCGAGACUCUCAGUAUGAACAGGAGGGCAAGGUACAGUUCGUUAUAGAUGCUGUUUACGCGAUGGCCCAUGCCUUGCACAGCAUGCACCUUGACCUAUGCCCUGGCUCCAUGGGUGUCUGUGAAAAGAUGGACCCUGUAGAGGGACGAAUGCUUCUCCAAUACAUACGCUCUGUCAACUUCAACGGUAAGCGUAUGACAUUACAUUGUUCAGAAUAGUUUCUUUUUACUUGAGGAGUUUUUGAGGUCAAUACUUUCCUAUUUUCAAAUGUUAUUUUUCAUUUCUGCUUCAUACUUGGAAGAACUGCCAUCAUGAGAUGUCAGCUUAUAUAACUCCAUCAUGUAAGACUGUUUGAGAAGAAGUAGAUUUAAGAAAGAAAUACAGUAGGAAGGUUAGCUUCAAGUCAAAGGCCUUGAAAUGUUUGUGCCGAUUUACGUAGCAACAGAAGGCAGCAUGUUUCUCCAAAGCCACAUCCCCUCCCUGGGGCCGCCUUCUUGCCCUUCCAUGUACACAACCCUCUCGCUUUUCAUUCGGUCUUUCAUUAAAAAGUCCUGGUUUAGAAAUAGGAAAAAAAAAAAAAAGUGUUCUGUGAAAGCAUCCUAUUUACUGCGCUCCUCUUGCUGGAUGACCUUGGCUUGUGUGGAAGACUUUCUAUUUGUGCGCCUGCAGGGACCGGAGACCAACAUUCAAUCAUGUUAGGGCAGCAGAGCAGAGUGCACUGGAUGACUGUAUGCAUGGAGGAAGCUUUCUCUAAAGAGCAUCCUGCACUCAGCUUUCACAUGAUCGCACAAGACUAAAGAAAGCUAACACAGGCUGUAUUCAACUGUGUGUGGGUGUUUUCGCUGCCACUUAGGGCGGGGAUAUGUGUCUACACUUAAGAGAGCUGAAACUGCAGAUCUUUUCUGACUCAAAACUGUGCUUGAAUGUCAGCACACAGGUCAUCAAAACUUUGUUUCUAUCAUACAGGUAGUGCAGGAACUGGAGUGAUGUUCAAUGAGAAUGGAGAUGCUCCUGGUCGAUAUGACAUUUUCCAGUACCAAAUGUCCAACGUCAGCAACCCAGGUUACAAGGAAAUCGGCCAGUGGACGAACCACCUCCGACUCAAUGUAAAUAUAUUUAUUGUUCCUUUUUUAUCUAUAACCUCCAAAAGUAAUGUGACAUUUUCAGAGGAUACCACUCACAUGUCUGUAGGAUAACUUUGAAGCAAGUCAUCUAACUUUGUUAAGGAAACAGCUGGACUAUCAAGCUAAGCUACCCACUGAGCAUUUUUUGGUCUAAAAGAGGUCCAAUAGAUGUCUAAAUGUAGCCUAGACGACUGGUCUAAAAUCAGGCUACCGCAAGUCCAAAAAAAUAGUUUUUUAGACGUCUAAAUUUAGACCAAGUUUAGACUAGACAGCUAACAGAGCUAUAUCUUUACUACACUGUAUAUUGCUCAUCGGCUAUCAUAGUUAUUUUGGUUAAGUACUUGGAGAUCAGUUAUGCAACUCACAGAUGCUUUUUGAAAUAAAUAGUUAUCGAUAAUGGGUUAAAGUGCAACAUCUAAACUCCAUAUAAAAAAAUAUACAGAAUCUAGUCUGCUGAAAUUAGGUCUAAUAAAACUAGACAUCCAAUAGCCGUCUAAUGCUCAGUGGGUAAUCUGUAGAUGUCAUGCAUAUAGGUUUUUAGUUAUGGCUAAAACACUGUUAUCAUAGUGAUUUGAAAGAAAGGGGGAAAGAAACCUGCUCAAACUAGCUGACCAGAAUAUGUAAGUAUGUACAUAUAUGUGAGUAAGGUUGGUCUUCAGCCAGUUAAUUGGGCUUUUUGAUCUUGAUGACCUGGAACAGUAGAUUACAUUGAUGAGGCAGAAAGUUGUUAUCACUGGUUAAAAUCUGGCUUAAUACAAACAGUGUCCACUUAGAUUAAGGACAGCAGCGUCUAUUUAACAACAUCAUUCUCAGUGCUUAUCCCUCCAGCACCAUUAGACAAUAUUGUGUUUGUACAUCUACUCCAGCCUGAAGAGAUGCAGUGGUCAGGUGGGGACCGCAAUGUCCCUGAGUCGGUGUGCAGUUUCCCUUGUGAGCCCGGGGAGAGGAAAAAGAUGGUCAAAGGCGUUCCCUGCUGCUGGCACUGCGAGCUCUGCGAUGGCUACCAGUACCUCUUGGAUGAGUUCUCCUGUGACAUGUGUCCCUUUGACAUGAGGCCCCUGAAGAACCGCACAGGUUGCCGGCCCACGCCUAUCAUUAAGCUGGAGUGGAGCUCCCCCUGGGCCAUCAUCCCUGUCUUCCUGGCAAUCCUGGGUAUCCUGGCCACAACUGGAGUCAUCGUCACCUUCAUCCGCUUUAAUGACACGCCAAUUGUUCGAGCAUCUGGCAGAGAGCUCAGCUACGUGUUGCUUACGGGCAUCUUCCUCAUCUACCUCAUUACCUUCCUCAUGAUCGCCGAGCCCAGUGUGGCUGUGUGCGCCUUCAGGAGGUUGCUGCUCGGACUUGGCAUGUGCAUCAGCUACUCUGCCAUGCUCACCAAGACCAACCGCAUCUACCGCAUCUUUGAACAGGGCAAGAAGUCGGUCACACCCCCAAAGUUCAUAAGCCCAACCUCUCAGCUGAUUAUCACCUUUAUACUCAUCUCAGUGCAGGUAUGUAUGUGCACGGAUGCCACACCACACAUAUAAUUGAAAUCCUUUGCAGCACUCUAAUUAAAGCUCCUUUUCUCUGCAGCUACUUGGGGUGUUCAUUUGGUUUGGUGUUGUGCCCCCCCACACCAUCAUUGACUACGAGGAGCAGAAGCCCCCAAACCCAGAGUUUGCCCGUGGAGUUCUUAAGUGUGACAUGUCUGAUCUGUCCCUCAUCUUGUGUCUGAGCUACAGUAUUGUACUCAUGAUCACAUGCACUGUGUACGCCAUAAAGAGCAGAGGAGUUCCAGAGACCUUCAAUGAGGCCAAACCCAUUGGCUUCACCAUGUACACAACCUGCAUCAUCUGGCUGGCCUUCGUGCCGAUCUUCUUUGGCACAGCACAGUCUACUGAGAAGGUGGGACAUCUUUGAUUUUUAUGAUCAUUUGGCCACUUCUUGUGGGAUUAGAAGAAUUUAUUUAAUCCCUUAAUUGAAAUAAGCCAAUUGUGUAUAUUUAGACGAAUGCAUAUACUUGAAGUUGGUGCCAGGUCGUUAAUAUAAUGCUACUUAUAUAAAUAUAUUGCAUCAGUAAUAAUUAUCCAGUCAUAUACUGACACCGGUCCCUGCUCUUUGCUGUGUUUCUGUUGAAGCUGUCAGUGCACCGAAAAUGAAAAUCAGCCAGGAUCGAAGUACUGCCAAAUUUACAGAAAUUGAUGUGCACUGCUACAUCUGUGUAAAUAAAUAAACAGAUAAAUAUACAUUUGUGCACUAAAAGAAGACCUUGAAUAAGAACUAUAUUUGCAGUUUCUUUGUUUUUAUGCAAUAAUUAUUGAGUACUUUUUAAAUCAGGACAAUUAUUCAAAAUCUAAUGUAUGCAGUUUUGGUUUACUGUCAUUUCAGACAAAGAAGAGAUGCAUUUGUGGGGAUGCCUCCACUUAUUUCAAAACAAAAAGAUGACAGGAAUAUAUUCUUGCACUUUUCAGUCUGUCUCUGUGGUUGUAUUAGAUCAACCUGUCCCUCUGGUGCUGUUUUUUUUUUGUGUGUGUAAAUAAAUUCAAACUAACCUCAGAUGAUUAAUCAUGCUAGCUUACACGACCUUUUGCUGGGGAUCAUUUAUAUUAAUGCAGUAUUUUCAGUGAUCUGUUGAAAGUGAAUGAUGCAAUACACAAUAACACGUCGUAAUUGUGGAAGGGGAACACAAAUCCCUCAGAUGUUCAAAGAGAAACCUGAGUUUGUUGCCUGUCACACUGCAUUUGCAUCCUUCUGUACUCACAGGACAUCCUGCCCCCACUGUACUGACUAUUGAGUCUAAUUUUGCUCGUGGGCUAUUUCUGCUGUCACAAAGUCCAAGACUGUUGGGGGAAUAUCUUAAAAACAGAGAUCCGCUUUGACUAAUGGAGAGCUGCUUUAUGAAUCAGUGAAGCUGAAGCAAUUAAGGCCUGAGGUGCUUUCAAAGUCUUUUCACCUCUCCCGAAUAGAAGUGAAGUGAAUUAAGAGAGGAGGGAGGGAAAAGAGGUCAGAUAAGCUGAAAGAUUGAAGGACCCCCCCUUUAGACCAAUUCAGCCAUCCCAUUUAAUUAAUCAUCCUUUGGAAAAAGAGCUAAAUAUAGACACAAACUUUUGUCUAGCUGAUGGGCUGUUGGCUCUCCAUCAUGUAUGGGGAGAAAUGGUUUACCUGUUUAAAGUCUGUAUUCACAUGGAGGAGCCACUCUCUGUUGGUGAAUCAGUGUCUCUGCUCGCCUAGGGCCAGGAACAUGAAUACAAUCUGCUUUGUGCCCAUAAAUCCUCACAGCUCCUUUUUGAAAUUGAGAGGUCAUAGAGUAGGACUGCAUGAUAGAGAUAAUAAAAAGGACUUUAUCGGCAUCAGCAUGUGAGAUGCCAGGAUGUAGUAAAGCUACUAAGGAUAGUGUACAAUGAAUCACUUAUUUAUGGCACAAAUAUAUCUUAUUUAUGGCACAUAUGGCUUGAUUUAUUUAUGACCUGUACCGUUUGCUGGAAUAAUGAGUUCAUAAUUUAUUGGAGGGAGAUCUCAGGAGCAGUCACUUCACAUUAUUACUGUUGUCCUGGCAAUAAGAGGAAGAACAGUAAGGAAUAUACAUGGUCAAAGCCCAUAAAUAGAGCCCCCUUUCCUGACUACACUUACAGGCUAUAAAUCAUUCAUCUGGGAGAAACACUGGCUCCUGCACUUGGAGAUGAAAAUUGUAAAGACUGCAUUAUGACAACCUCAGAUGACUUAUCUUGAACAUGUUAAAGAUAAUCUUAUAACUUAACUGCAUGCUCAUCGGGAUAGGCAAAAUUAAAUCACUCAUGCGGCCUUAAAGGAAGGUGUGUUUAGGGAUCUUUCAGACCUUGUGUUUCUCCUUCGCAGAUGUUCAUUCAGACCACCACCCUGACAGUGUCCAUGAGCCUGAGUGCCACUGUGUCCCUGGGCAUGCUCUACAUCCCCAAAGUCUACGUCAUCAUCUUCCACCCUGAGCAGAACGUCCAGAAGAGGAAGCGCAGUUUCAAAGCUGUGGUCCAAGCUGCCACCGUGUCCACACAUCUGUCCCAGAAGUCCAAUGACAAACAAAAUGGAGAGUCCAAGAUUGAACCAGACAGAUCACAGUGAAGCAAACUGAACUGGGUCCAUGACUGUAGGUUCAUACUGAGAUUACAGGAGAUGAGUGGAAAAACUCUCUUUUUAACUCCCACUUGAAGCACUGAUGACAAUUUCCCAGGAUGAUGUUUCUUAUCAAUCUUACUUCGAUAUCAAGCACAGCUGAUAACUGUAUGCUCACUUUUACAUGGACCAAUUUUUACACUUGAACAAGAAAUGGAAGGACACAGAGCCAUCCUAGACAGCAACAUUGAAGAUGUGGUUUUGUGUGUAAAUCUUAAAACCAUGUAUAAAUUGUUUUAAUUAUUCUUAGGAAGCCACAGACAACACAAAAAUGGACGGCGAGCUCUCCUCUUGUGACUGGGUCUGGCAAAGAUCAUUAAACCUGCCUGAAGAGAGACAUGGGUCAAACUAGGUAUCAAAUAACUGUUUUCAUUAGUCAGUUCUUGUAAUGCUAAUUUACACACAGAGGUUGAGAACUGCGACUCCUGAAGCAUUCGUCACCAGAUAAACAGAGUGAAGUAAAAACACUAAGAGGAAAGUCAGAGAAACUCUCACGGAGUCACCAAGCUUUCAUAACCACGAGUGUCUGCUUCAGAUCAAUACACAAAAAUCUAGAGGUACGGUUCACAGCCGACCCGCUGAACUGACCUUGCAUGUUUUAUUCACAGUGAAUGAGCGCUUUGUUUGUCAAAAAGGGCUUCACCAGUCAGAUUGCUUCUGCCUGCGUCCUGGCUUCAAAGUACUUAACCAACAUGACAUGUCAGUGCCCAGUUUUUUGGCUUCAUCUUUUCUACUACGAGAGGCAGGUUUUCCAUAUUUAUAUGAAGUCAAUGUGGGAAAUGCUGUGAAAGAAAAAAGACGAAGUGGCGACCUUUGCCCUGCAGGAAGAUGUUAAUGUGUGUAAAAUCCCAAAGGAUAAGGGGAGCUCAUUGUUUACUGGCUCCAGUUGCACUGCAUGGAUUGUGUUUUAUGUGUCUAUGAAUGUUCUGAAAUAUUGUUUGUAUGGGAUGUGGUGACUUUUCUUCUGAUUGCACUGGAAGGAACUAAGUUUCAAAAUGCGUCGCCACCUCCUGUUACUAUUUAUAAAGAAGAACCCUGGGAAACGAUCACUAAACACUGUACUUUGACCACUUAAAGGAGAAUCAGUCAAUAUACAAUCACUAAUGCACAAAGCAUUUCAUUUAAGUUAUUGUUGUGUACACUAUUGUAAUGAAACCCGUUGGUUUUUAUCGUGAAAACUGUUCAUUCUUGGGUGCAGAGAGGAUGCAAGAGAUACAUAUGUAAGUUCUGCCUGGUACAAUCACUUUUCCAUCUUUGAAAACAAUGUCUGGAAUUUCCUGAUAUUGUUUAUUUACAUGCAGCACCAUCUCUUAAACAUGCUUAAAUCUCAGACAGCUUCCUGUGGGUCAGACAGCCUCAUGUCAUUGUUUGUAUUGGAUUAUUUUGUGCCAUGGUAAGAUUCUCGUAUUUCAACGAAGAGAUCAUUUAAUAUGAGGCAACCCUUGAAAUGCUUUUGUUCUUGACUUGAUCACAUUGUAAAAACUCAGGUUCAACUGAAGAUGUUUUAAAUAUCAUUAUUAUUAUUAUUAAUGGGGAUUUCAUUCUGUGCUGACACUUUUGAAUACAAAUGGAUCAGACAUCUUUAACUUGUAGUGCAUUUAUCCGUGCAGUACAUGUCAGCUGUUGAGGCCAUUUCUGUGUGUGA